AUGACACGACGGACCAGCGACGUUGCUUCUGCGGGCUUCAGUCCUACGACGUGGACGACAGACGCGUUACCUCCCGUUGAGCUGUCGACUGAUCAACGGGAGAAAUACCGACUGCUUGCAACUCAAUUGCUCUCAAACACACUCCGGGAUUAUGACAUUUACUCUGCCGAUCCGAGACAACGGCUUAUGAGUCGACGGCGAUGGAAACCCGUGAAGACCAGAGAUCACAUCACCGUGUACAAGGAGCGCUAUCCGACGCCGAGCUCUCUGGCAUCUACAGACCACCUUUCUGGUCCGCCGUCACGAACUAGUCGGGCCAGUCUAGCAGACCGCGUGUCCAUGGCCUUCCGUAGCAACGAGUGGACAGAGCCCAAGCUACUCGUGGCCGCAGGUUGGGUAGAAGGCACGCUCGACGACGUCAUGUACGGCGUCUCCUCGCCCGAUGCACAGAGCAUGUUAAUGAAAGCAACAGUAGUCAAGAACGCACUAAUCAAUGGCGCGGUACUAGCCUGCAUCGACGCGCCUUGCGACGCUGACCCGUUCCGAUUUCUUGGCAUUAAAUGGUUCGUGAAAGGCCCUCCGACAGGUCUCCAGGGCAUCGUGAAGCCUCGAGACUUGGUGUUUAUUGAAGCUACAGGGAUCACAACCCGACCUAAUGGUGAGCGCAUUGGCUACCAGCUUCUCCACUCGGUGGAUCUGCCUCAGUAUCGUGACAUGGAGCCGCGUUCUGGGGUCGAAGUAACGCGCGGUCGAAUCUCAAGCUGCUCAAUAUUCAGGGAAGUACCCGCAGGACUUGGAAGCAGACAUUCCAAAGUCGACGUGUACGUCAAGGGAUAUGUAGAGGCGCACGGGAAGCUGCUGGACUCAGUGGCUCUUACCGCCGCUUCAACAGGUCUGAUGAGCUCCUGGAACUCUGUAGAGUGUGCGAACCUCAAGAAACUCAUGUGGUGCUUCCGCCAGCAGCCUGACUGGGGAUGUGGCCGACGUCGCAACAAGCAUCGACCCAGUCAACACUCCCACGCCAGCAACAGUCUUAGCUACUCAAACUUAAGUCAAAUCGGCAACAACACUAACAGUAUGAGCACUACACGUCGGCCACCUCGCCGACAGGAGUCUGAGGACGCACACGUAUCUACGUGUGGCACAUGUAUCAAACGUCUGACCAAGCUAAGCGGUGCGAUCUCCUGCGCGCUGUGUCAUCAAAGCACUUGCUCUCGCUGUCGAGUGUCUCGGACACUGAAAGAGGUGAACGGGGAGCUGUGGCUGCGUCAAGAAGACGUGCUCAUCUGCAAGCGCUGUGUCCUUCAAGUCGACAAUCUCGCGGCUGUGGACGUCGCGCGAGCGGAAAGCUUCGCCAGCACAGGUGUGACAACCGACACAGGUGCGAGCAAUACGACGCUGCCAACAGAAGAAGAAUACUCAAUCUCUAAGGAGAAUGUACCGCUGUCAGACCGCGAGCGUCGAGAACAAAUCUGGUCGCAGAUAGUGGAGCUGCGCAUGGUGGCCGAGUCCAUCUACCAACUCACUUUAGAGACCUCCGAGUCGCUCAAUACCCCACCACGGACCCACAGAUGA